CCUUGAUCAACCAUGUCGUCGACUGCUACUGUCACAGCAACAGCCAUCUGGACAGACGACCGAAAUACAUGUAAAGGCCAGCUACGAGCAAGCUAUACAGUGGAUUAUGCCGUGGGAAUUUUAUCAAAUCAAAUCUGCAAACAUGUUAGUGCGGUGUACGGCCUCGACCCUCCAUUGGAACCAUUCGCCAUGCAGGCGAAGUGCUUUCCUCCAGACGCUGAGCCUUCAGAUUUGCUCAGCGACUGGAGCUCCACUGGUCUCACAGCACUAAUCAGUCCUGAUGACGAGUCAACUCGUCGAAUCCAGACCCACUUAGACAAGCAGGCACAGGCAGAUCAGACAUCCGACGAACGCAAUACGACGUUGGCCACUGAUACUGAUAGUGCCUUAAUCUCUCAGUCCAGCACAUCGGUCCAGCCUCGCAAACCCAAAAAGAAAAAGAAACGAAAAACCUCAUUGAUGGCUAAUCCCCCAUCGCCGGUCAAUCUCUCUCAGGUGACGAUGGACAACCAGCUUAAGGAGAUACUGGCCUCGAUGCAGAACGAGAUUUCGGAAGUUCGGAGAGAGAAUGGGAGCAUGCGCAACAAGAACGAGAAGGUUCUCAAUGAGAACGGGAACAUGCGCAAUGAGAUCGAGAACAUUCGCAACAAGAACGAGAAGAUUCUCACUGAGAAUGGGAGCAUGCGCAAUGAGAUCCAGAGCAUGCGCAAUGAAAUCCAGAGCAUGCGCGGUGAUAUCCAGAGCAUGCGCAACGAGAAUGAGAGGGUUUCCAAUGAGAACGAGAGGGUUCUCGAAGAGAACGAGAGCAUUCGCAAUGAUCUCGUUAGCCUUCACAAGGACCUAGAGGCGGAGAAAGCUCAACGCGCUCAGGACAUUGAAUCACUAAGAGAAGUCACUAUGUUACUAGUCCCCUUGCAUCUUCGUGUCCUACUCGACCUUGCACGCAAAAAGGUUCUGGAAGACCUUGGCCACGAGACUUGGGAAGAACUUCGCGAUACCCGCACUGUCUAUCAACUUGCAGAUAUCAUCUUCAACGACCUGCUCAAACGGAAGAAUUUAUCAUUCCACCCAUCACACCAGUCCAUCCUUUUCUUAUGUUCGUACAACAACAUUAGGCGGGCGGGAAAUGUGGCCGCUCACACCGCGAAGCAGUGCGAUAUCAAGAGUGCAGUCGAAACCCAGACACUGGGCUCCAAUGAUCGACGAUGCUUGGAACAUUUGUUUAGAUAUGCGUACAGCGGGGCGCUCAUCUAGGAGUUAUCAUGGCAUUUACUACACGACUAAUACUUGUUUUUCAAAUUUGUAUCAUACAACUACAAUCCAAAUACCCUAUAGAAUCUCAUGCACUUACAAAUGCCAUUGAUAGCAGAA